AUGGAAAAAGACCACCUCCCUACCUUCCCAACCAUCGAUAAAUGCCCGUCCAUCGGCCGCGAAAAACACACCGUUAUCGCGGACAUGGACGGGACUCUACUCCGCGGACGGAGCUCAUUUCCCUACUUUGCCCUAGUGGCUUUCGAAGUCGGCGGCAUUUUGAGGCUUCUUUUUUUGCUCUUGGCCUCGCCGCUUGCUGGUGUUCUCUACUACUUCGUCUCUGAGUCAGCCGGCAUACGUGUCCUCGUGUUCGCGACUUUCGCGGGCAUGAAAGUCGCGGACAUUGAGUCCGUGGCACGCGCGGUGCUGCCGAAAUUCUACUCCGCUGACUUGCACUCUGAAACAUGGAGAGUCUUCUCGUCGUGCGGGAAACGUUGCGUUUUGACGGCCAACCCGAGAAUCAUGGUGGAGGCGUUUUUGAAGGAGUUUUUGGGGGCUGACUUGGUUCUCGGGACAGAGAUUUCCACCUACAGAGGUAGAGCUACCGGCUUUGUCCUAAAUCCUGGGAUUGUCGUCGGAAACAACAAAGCUGACGCUCUCAAAAAAGCUUUUGGAGCCGACGCUCCUGAUAUUGGACUUGGUGACCGGAAAACCGACUAUCCAUUCAUGAAGCUUUGCAAAGAGAGCUACGUUGUUCCGGCUAAGCCGGAAGUGGAGCCUGUGAGUCACGACAAAUUGCCUAAGCCGAUAGUAUUCCACGACGGCCGGCUGGUCUCGAAACCAACUCCGUUGAUGGCCUUGCUCACCAUUCUUUGGAUUCCGGUCGGUUUCGUUUUGGCUUGCUUACGUAUUGCUGCCGGUUCAUUGCUUCCUAUGCCGGUCGUGUACUAUGCUUUUUGGGCUUUAGGUGUUAGGGUUUAUGUCAAGGGCACCCCACCACCUCCGGCUAAGAAGUCAACAGGUCAAACGGGAGUUCUCUUCAUUUGCUCACACCGAACCCUACUCGAUCCCAUCUUCCUCUCCACCGCUCUCGGCCGUCCGAUCCCGGCAGUCACAUACUCUCUCUCGCGUCUCUCAGAGAUAAUCUCGCCCAUCAAAACCGUCCGGCUAACCCGGGACAGGGCCGCCGACGCCAACAUGAUCAAGAAACUUCUAGAACAAGGUGACCUAGUCAUAUGCCCCGAGGGCACAACAUGUCGAGAACCAUUUCUACUUCGGUUCUCGGCGUUGUUUGCCGAGCUCACAGACAAGCUCGUUCCGGUGGCAAUGGCCAACCGGAUGAGUAUGUUCCACGGUACAACGGCUAGGGGGUGGAAGGGGAUGGACCCGUUCUACUUCUUUAUGAACCCUAGCCCUGCUUAUGAAGUAACUUUUUUGAAUAAGUUGCCUAGCGAGUUAACUUGUGGAGCAGGCAAGUCGAGCCAUGAGGUGGCCAACUAUAUACAGCGGACGAUCGCAGCGAGCUUGUCGUAUGAGUGCACGACGUUUACGAGGAAGGACAAGUACAGAGCUCUGGCCGGGAAUGAUGGCACGGUGGCGGAGAAACCUGCUAAUGGCAAGAAGAUUAUGGGAUGCUAG